AGAACACUGCAUCAGAGUCCUGAGUUUGGCAUCUCGUGGGGGACACGGUGCAAGGCCAGGCACUGGCAGAACUUCAGAGACAGUGUGUGAAAACAGGGGCUUUGUGUGCUCCUCUGUGUGUGCCACUCUAUCAUGGACAGCACAGUGCCACCCCCCUGGGGCCAAAUUUGACACAUGAUCAGGUGACCACACGGCAUCCUGUCCCAAAGGGGAACUGACAGCAGCUCUCCAGCCACAUCCUGUGCCCACUGCAGUCUUGCUGUCCUCAAGCUGCUCCUGCCUCAUGGCACCAAUGGCGCUGGCCCUCAUCCUGGGUUGGUGUCUGGUGGCAGCGAACAGGACACAGCACCUGCCCCGACCCUCCCUGUCACUGCACCCCAGCCAGGGGGUGUCCGUGGGGAACAAUGUCACCCUGCGGUGCCACCUGCCCCAGCCGGCUGCCUGGGUCCAGCUCUGUGAGGAUGAAGCUAUGACCAUCUGCAGAAGCAAGCUUGACGUGCGGGACACAGCCGAGUUUUCCAUUGUUAGUACAGAGCGGAAGCAUGCAACAACUUAUCGUUGCCAGUACUGGGUGCUGUGGCUGCCAGGUUCAUCAGAGCAGAGUGACCCCGUGGAGCUGGUGGUGACAGAUCAAAGUUUACCCCCACCCGGCAUUUCUCUGAGCCCUGAGGAAUGCGUGGAGAUAGGGACCAAUGUCACCAUCCGCUGCUGGAUCCAGGAUUCUGGGGCCAUCUUCCUCCUGCACAAGGGCGGGCGCACAGCCCCCAUCCAGCGCCAGGACUCUGAUGGUCUGGGCAUGGCCUCCUUCACUCUCUUUCAGGUCACCGCAUCCGAUGCUGGCACCUGUAGGUGCUCCUAUCGCCCCAAGGAUGAUCCCUUGGUGUCCUCUCCCCUCGGGAACAGUGUGACCCUGGAGGUGACACCCACCCCUGCACCCCCAGCAGCUGAUGGGGGAUCCCAUGGGAACCUGGUGGUGGCGGUGGUGAGGUGCUGUGUUGCUGCCCUCAUCUUCAUUGUUGGCCUCUUCUUCAUCCUCGAUGCCCGAAGCCUCCAGAUACAGAGAGCUCAAGCCCAGGUGGGGAAAGGGUUUCAGAUCUUUUAUCCCUUAGAGAUCCCCCAGACUGCACCCUCCCUGCCCGUCAUUCCCAAUAGACCCCCAGAAAAUCCAGCCUGAGUCCCCUGCCUCCCAUUCUGUGCUGAUUUCUGCAUCAGUCGUUGCCUGCUGAGCAAUUGUGUUGUGCAUCACUUAAAACCUGCACCAUAGCUCCAUCCCCAACCCAAGCGUCUUGGGGACCCACAUGAUGGACCCCUAAAAUGCCGGGUUUUUGGAAUGCACUGAGGCAAAAAGACCCCAAAUUCAUUGCUGAGUGCUCCCUGAUGACAUGUUCCCAUCUCUCCUAUUACUACCCUCCCCCUCUCCCCCCCUAAUCUAACACCCCAACUCCUCAGUGGUGCACCCCUAAUGCUUUCCAGCCACACCCAAUCCCUAAGUGCUCCUAUCUAACCUUAUCAGCUCCACAUCACUUCACAGCCCUUGAGAUCCACAAACCCUUUGCAAUCCACCUCAAAACCACAGCACAGCCCAGUGGGACCCCCACACCUGACCCAACACACUCCUGCCCUACACAUCUCCUCACGGUUCCCUCCCCUCCCAUUCCAUCCCCCAUAGAUUCUCUAUAGAUCCCCCAUGCAUCC